GACCUAUCAGCGUAACCCCCUUGGUCAUCGCCACAGCAAUAAAUUCCUUUGCUUUAUGUUCCUAUCCUUCCUUACUACUUCUUGCAGUUUGGCCGCUUGCUUGUCCAAAUGGAUUGGGCUGAUUCGGCUGGGGUCGAUUCCCGUCGAUCUCGGCUCCCCUUCCCUCGCUCUUCCCUCGGCUUGCGAUGCGCUAAGCCGGCUUUGAGCCGGCGGUAACACACUCAGGUGCAGCCAGGACGCUCAACUCCUGUCAUCGGGACAAGGCAGCUGGUUCCGUCAGCGGUACAUACUGUUGUUCCACGGACUACCUUAGUGGCCGGCUUCAGUCCGUAUUAGUGUCAUAAUGAGCCGCAUCUUCAAUGCUUCGCGCUGCGUAGCUCGGCUCAGGGCCACAGAGCGGAUCCGGGGACCUAACGCGGCCGGAUACCGGCGGUUCUCCGUCUCGGCAUCGACCUCCGCACCCGGGUCGCUUCCGCUCGAGGGGUACCGCGUGCUGGACAUGACAAGAGUCCUUGCCGGACCUUACUGUACCCAGAUUCUGGGCGAUCUUGGCGCUGAAGUGAUCAAGGUCGAGCACCCGGUCAGGGGCGACGACACCCGGGCGUGGGGCCCACCGUAUGCCUCUUACAAGCCUGGCUCGUCGCAGGACGGCCCGGGCGAAUCGGCGUACUUCCUAGGGGUGAAUCGUAACAAGAAGUCGUUGGCGCUCUCAUUCCAGGAUCCGGCGGGAGUCGAGAUCCUCCACCGGUUGGCGGCCAAGUGCGACAUCCUAGUCGAGAACUACAUCCCCGGCUCCCUUAAGAAGUACGGCCUCGAUUACGAAACAAUCCACAAGAUCAACCCCGCGCUUAUCUACGCCUCCAUCACCGGGUAUGGACAGACAGGGCCGUAUUCGCAGCGUGCGGGCUACGACGUGAUGGUGGAGGCCGAGUUCGGUCUGAUGCACAUUACCGGCACCAGGGACGGACCACCGGUCAAGGUUGGCGUUGCGGUAACCGACCUGACCACCGGUCUGUAUACAAGCAAUAGCAUCAUGGCUGCGCUCCUUAGCCGCGCGAAGACGGGCAAAGGGCAGCACAUUGACGCUGCGCUGAGCGACUGCCAGACUGUCACGCUGGCCAACAUCGCGAGCAGCUGCCUGAUCAGCGGGGAGAAGGACACUGGCCGGUGGGGGACAGCUCAUCCCUCCAUUGUUCCGUACAGGUCUUUCAAAACCAAGGACGGUGACAUUCUCUUUGGCGGAGGUAACGACCGCCUCUUCGGCAUCCUCUGCGAUGGCCUGGGGCGGCCCGAAUGGAAGGAGGACCCGAAGUUCAAGGUCAACGCAUCUCGUGUAGCGAACCGCGACGAGCUGGAGGCCGAGAUCGAGAAGAUCUCGGUGACCAAAACCACUCAGGAGUGGCUUGAUGUGUUUGAGGGCAGAGGCAUGCCGUAUGCUGCCGUCAACGAUGUCCUAGGGACGCUGAUGCAUGAGCACACCAAGGCCAGGAACAUGGUAGUUGAGGUGGACCACGGCGAAUGCGGGCCUAUCAAGCUUGUGAACACGCCGAUCAAGUACUCGGAGAGCGAGCCGAGCAUUCGUAGCCCGCCUCCGACGCUCGGGCAACACACGGACGAAAUCCUGCGAGAGCAUUUGGGCAUGGAUGGUGCGCAAAUACGGGAGCUGAGGGACAAGCGCAUAAUCAGAUAGCAGCAGCAAAUAAUUGCUGUAAAUGUCCAGUGGCGCCGACAGACUUUAAGUCAGACAAUCAAGAUUCAAGUGAAAUGCCUGCUUGUUGCGUAGUUCGAGAAAGUGGGCUAAUUAACACGGG